UGGCUGCCUGCAAGGCCCCGCCCCUUCUGCUCGCCUGCCCUUUAACCUUCCCGCCUCGGCGUAUAUAUAUAGCGCGCCGGGGACUGUGAGAGGUCUCCUGGCCGCCACCAUGGAGGGUCGCAUCGUGUCCGUCUGCUGUUUGCUCUCCCUGCUGCUCUCGCAGGCCACGGCAGAAGAAGAAGAAAACUUCACGUCGGUCCUCCGAGACACAUCUCACAUCGAGGAGACGCUUCGAUUUGCCACCGAGGAAAAAGCAGCAGACUAUGCAGCGGCUGUGCAGAGGUUGCGGAAGAUCUACUACUCCUCCAUCAAGCCCAUGGAGCAGGCGUACAAGUACAACGAGCUGAGGCAGCACGAGAUCUCAGCCUACCCUGGACGAACCCUGGGGGACGCCGCCACAGAUGGAGAAAUCACAUCCAAACCCAUGGUUCUGUUCCUGGGACCGUGGAGUGUAGGAAAGUCCUCCAUGAUCAAUUACCUCCUGGGCUUGAAUGACAGCCCCUAUCAACUCUACACAGGAGCUGAGCCUACUACCUCUGAGUUCACCGUCAUAAUGCACGGCGAAAAGAUCCGCUCGGUGGAGGGCAUCGUGAUGGCGGCGGACAGCUCGCGGUCCUUCUCCCCGCUGGAGAAAUUUGGGCAAAACUUCCUGGAAAAGUUGAUUGGAAUCGAGAUGCCCCACAAGCUGCUGGAACGCGUUACAUUUGUGGACACGCCGGGAAUCAUCGAGAACCGCAAGCAGCAGGAGCGAGGCUACCCCUUCAAUGAUGUUUGCCAGUGGUUCAUCGACCGUGCAGAUCUGAUCUUUGUGGUCUUCGAUCCCACCAAGCUGGACGUCGGUCUGGAGCUGGAGAUGCUUUUCCGUCAACUGAAGGGCCGCGAGUCGCAGAUCCGCAUCAUCCUCAACAAAGCCGACAACCUGGCCACCCAGGACCUGAUGCGAGUGUACGGAGCGCUCUUCUGGAGCUUGGCCCCGCUCAUCAACGUGACGGAGCCUCCCCGCGUCUACGUCAGCUCUUUCUGGCCCUACGACUAUGCACCGGACACCAGCCGUGAGCUUUUCAAGCGGGAGGAGAUCUCUCUGCUGGAGGAUCUCAACCAGGUGAUUGAAAACCGCAUGGAGAACAAGAUCGCGUUCAUCCGCCAGCACGGCAUCCGCGUUCGUAUCCACGGCCUCCUGGUGGACCGCUACGUCCAGACCUUCAAGGAGAAGAUGAGCUUCUUCAGCGACCCGGAACUUGUCUUCAAGGAGAUCGUGGACGACCCGGACAAGUUCUACAUAUUCAAAUCCAUCCUGGCCAAGACCAACGUCAGCAAAUUCGAUCUCCCCAACCGCGACGCCUACCGUGACUUCUUCGGAAUCAACGCGAUCACCAACUUCAAAUCCUUGUCGUCCCAGUGCUCCUACAUUGGAGGCUGCCUGCUGGAUAAGAUCGAGAAGGCCAUCACCAACGAAUUGCCCGCUCUCCUGAGCAGCAUCAACUCGGGCAAACAGCCCGGCCUUUCUUCCUGCGAGGCGACCGGCUGCGGGGAGAAGCCCAAAAACCGCUACCGCAAGAACUGAGAUUAAGCACGACACUUUGAGCAGGGGGAGGAAGGAAGGAAGGUGACGGAGGAGGUGAAGGAAGACAGGGUUCUGAAAUAGGUCGAACCCCCGAUUCAGAAGACCUGCAAUAAUGAGGAGAUGAGAGGAAACGGAUAUUAGAGCUUUAUUCUCCUCAGGAGACCAUGGAAGAUACAUUUUAGGGACUGUGGGUUGAGGCAGAUAGCGGGAGGGGCGGGUCAUUGUCUGAAGAAGGCAGCUUAAGGAUUCAAGCGCUGAUGAGUUGAAAUAUUGGACUGUUUGGAAUUCUUGGGGUAUUUGGGGAAGGACUGAUGCGACGAAACGGGGCGUGGGGCGAUGGGGAACAGCCAGUCCAAUAUCAGCCCGCUUGUAUGUGAAUAAAACAGGAAGUGGAAAGAGGUGGUGUCACUUUUUGUUGGAAGAUCUUGGGGAAAACAGCCGUGCAAUGGGUCAAUUCCAAAAUGCUUCAGACACUGAAGCAGCCGUUUUGUGGGUGCUAUAACGGGCUUCUGUUUGGGAUGUAGUAGUAGACUAACUGCAAUUAACCUUGCAUGUCAUGAUUGGCCUAUCUUAACUUGUUUUGUGUGCAUGCAUUUGCCAUCCAAGAAACUCAGAGUAUUUCCUAACCCACCAGGCGACGAACGAGGCCAUUUGCUUUUCAUAUACGCUCGUCGGUCCUGCUUGCUGAAAAUCUGUGAAAUGUGAUGGAGGCAGAGCUCAAGGGUCAUCAGAGUCUUCAGAGUGGGGUUGUUGCUUUUUAAACCUGGUCUUACUGUAUUUUUAUUACUGUCAAUUUGCCAGUCCAAAUGAUCUGCUUCAGUAAUUUGUAUUAUGACUGAUGUUUUCCUUCAUCGAUAAGCUUCCCAGCUUGGUUUUUUUUCUAGCUGAAUGACCACAAAGAACCACACCUGAAGGAUGUGUUUAGCUCUUUUUUCCAUGUGCCAAUCUAUUUAUUUGUCGUGUGUGUGUGCGUGAUUGUGUGUGUGUGUAGACCUUCCAAACGGGCAUUGUAAAAUAGACUACCUGCUUCUCUGGGGCUGGAGGCCAAAUGGGUGGAGAGGGUAAAGUGGAAGACUCGUGAGUUGAUCCCUGAUCUCUGCAGACCGUCCGAGUCGGGCCACGAGUUCUUCUGCAAACCUACCUCGGUGAUCUUCCUGGAAGUGCUCACCUACUUCCUGUCUUGUUAUGAGCGUGUGAGGCACUCAAGGAACACAGGGAGUUCCUGGGUCAAUGGAAGAAAUAGUCUGGCGUACAACUUCCUUCCUUCCUAAUAAGUAGUGGCGCAGGUGAAGCGGGGUACACGCAAAGCGAUUUUGAAAUGUGGGAGACCACACACUGAACGUGGGCAAAAAAUUGCCACGCGUGUGCCUGCUACUCUUCCAGUGUGUGGAGAACUCGAGAUGACCAACACACAGCGCACCGCACAGAAUCAUAUCUUCACCGGCAAGUUCGAGUUUCCUCCCCCAAACCAGAUGUCUGUCGUGUCACAUUUAACAUUUACCAUUUUUGGCCCGGACCAGUUUCUCAGCAGAUCAGGAAAGAAAAAUAACAUAUUCCACAAAGCAGGAUAAUCACUCAGGAUAAUCUUUCAGAGACAUCCGGCAAUCAGAUCUUUUGCAGACUUCGAUGGGAAAAGGAACAAUUUUCAAAUGAGGCCCGAUUAUCAGUAUGUGUGUACCCCGCUUGAUGAGCUGUUCAGUGGUGCAGGUAAGUGAAGCACGUAUUUACCCCUAACGCACAACAAUCGCCCAAGAUCAGGACUGGUGAGCCUACGGCCUGUGGGCCAUUGACGGCCCGCAUCGAGCGCAUUUGAUGCAACUCUUAAAACAAGUCAAACCUCAAAGGAAGUGUUCGAAUAAGCCCCGCUGACCAGAAGGUUCCCCACCUCUGCUUUAGAUGCACGGUAAUGCAAUGACGAGGAGCCGCUGCCUCUUCCCUCGCUAACCCCCCAGAGUUUCUCCAUCUCAACUCGUUUUCUUUCUUUCUUGAGUGUGUUCCACGGGAUGUGUUGUUGUAUAUCUACACUGCAGUUUCGGAAAUGUCCACUAGAGAGUGCUGUGUAUAAGUGGUAAAAAACAAACAAAACAAAAAAACUACAACCCCUUCGAACAUACUCUUCGAGGCAAUAGUGAUGUGUGUGGUUCUCUUUUGCGUGAUUAUUGUUCAGUAUCUUAAUUGACCUGUGAAUUUGAUUUGGAAUGCAUUUGUGUCCCUUCAUUUUGUUUUGGUAUAAAAUUCUCAAAUAGACCCAUUUGGAAGCUUGAUCGGCAAAAAUAAAGGUUUCUGAUU